AUGGCAUUAAAAAGUAAAAAGCGGACGGCUCCUGCUAUCCCGGCACCCUCCAAAAAGCGAAAGCUUCAGGCAAAUAGCAAACCAAGGACUGGUACAACACAAUCGAAGAAAGGGAAGGAGCGAGCUGCAGACAGAGGCUAUAUCGAGGUACCUGGAAACCACGGUGAUGCGGACACCGAAGAUAGUGAUCUCUCCGAGGAGGAUGCUGGUCUCCUCGAGGAGUUUGGAGACAGUGCUGGAUUCUUAAAUACGCUUGAUCGCAAAGGCAUAUCAACGAGUAAGAAGGAGACCGAGCGUCUGAAACAAUUGAACAAGCCAGUUCGCAAGCCAAAAGUAGACGAUGACUUGCCGUCAAUCGACUCUCAUGAUGAGGACGAAGAGGCCUGGAGCUCUGGUAUUGACGAUGAUGCGGACACAAUUUCCCAGUCUUCUAUCAAUGACAGUGAUCAAGAUUCCGACGCCGAGAUGUCUUACGAACGUGUUCCUCGGAAAGUUCAAGAAUCACGCGAGGCAAAGACAGACCGUCACAUUCAAGGGCUGCCAAUCAAGUCAGCGGAUGGGCGAAUACAUUCAACAGGCAUGAAAACUGCAGCUCCUCCAUCAUCAGACGAAGAAGAUGAUGGCACCGACAAAUCCGCGGAAGAGCAAGAAAUGCCCGUUGAAGUGAAUAAAAUAGAUGAUGUCGCGACCGGUGCACGUUUUGGCCGUCCUGCCGUCAUUGACAUCGUUGGCAACAAAUCGCGAAAAGCCCGGAUACAUGGUGCUAAAGACCAGAUCGCCAGCAUCUGCCAGGAAAUAAUUGCAGAACCGGAAAAUAGCUUAGGAUUACUUCGCCGGCUUCAUACGUUCUCUCUGGAUAAAAUUACAUCUCCUUCCCACCCAGAGCCGGUUCUAAACAAUAUCAUUAUCCGGAAGUUAGCUACUCUUUCUCAGCUCGCUGUUUUCAAGGACAUAAUACCCGGCUACCGGAUACGAGCGUUAACCGAUAAAGAAAAGGCUGAAAAAAUCAGCCAAAUGGUGGCCCGUACCCGAGAGUGGGAACAGGGCUUUGUGCUUGUCUAUCAAAAUUACCUCCGCUCGCUUGAAGCUGAACUCAAAGCCAAGAGCGAACUGGCAGAGGUCGCACUUAAGUGUAUGUGCACCCUGGCUACUGAGGUCACCCACUUCAAUUUUAGAACCAACUUGAUAACGUGUAUUGUGGCGCGCUUGAGCAAGAAGUCGUGGGAUGAGGCUUCUGAUCUCUGUAUGAACACGUUGAUCAGUAUCUUCCGACAGGAUCAAACUGGCACCCCUUCCCUAGAGGCUGUCCAGCUCCUAAACCGCAUGAUUAAAGAAAGGCAUUUUAAUGUACACCCUGAGGUACUUACGUGUCUUCUGCAUCUGCGCCUCAAGACAGAACUUUGCAAUGUUCGUGCGUCGGAUUCCAAAGUAGACAAAAACAUUCAAUCGAAGGGCAAGGCUGCGGCCCGCAGAGCCAAAGGCAAACCAACCGAACAACCCCAUCUUAGCAAAAAGGCAAGAAAAGUCCUGAAAGAACGGAAGGAGAUCGAACGAGAAAUGCGGGAUGCAGAAGCAGAAGUUGACAAAGAGGAACGAGCGAAUACACACACUGAGACCCUGAAACUUCUAUUCGUGUUGUAUUUCCGGAUACUUAAACAUCCCCGUCCAACGCCACUUCUGCCGGCAGCCUUGCGAGGCAUUUCCAAAUUUGCUCACCUCAUCAAUAUCGAUUUCUUCAAAGAUCUAAUGCAGGUCCUAAAGGAUCUCAUUCUCCGCGAGGCCCUAGAGGAAAAUCCCAGCGAUGACUCAGAACCAUUUGAUAUCGAUGCCACUACUGACAUCCAACACCGCUUACUGUGUAUCGUAACCGCGUUUGAGCUCCUUUCAGGACAAGGUGAAGCACUCAAUAUCGACCUUACCGAUUUCGUCAAUCAUCUAUAUGCCAUCAUAUUGCCAGUCAGCAUAUCAAUGCAAGUCGACGCACCUCCACCAAGUGUUUUCGUCUCAAAAUUCGGGAACUCAAAACCGGCAUCAAUCGCGGACAUGCUCUUUCGAGCGCUGGAUAUCGUAUUUUCUCCGCGAAGUACUGGAAACACGGCAAUACAUUGGAGGUCGGCAGCGUUUGGCAAACGCCUACUGAUUGCGUCACUCAAUUGGCCCCCGAGUUCCGCCCUCCGCGCACUAGAAUUUGUGGAAAGUUUGGUCGCCAAGGAUCCGAAACUCGAAGCUCUAUUAUCGACCGAAGAUAGGCGAGUUGAUGGUGUAUACCUCCCUGAAGUUAAUGACCCUCAGUUGUGUCAUCCGUUUGGAACAAGUUUCUGGGAACUAUCUCUUCUGAAACAGCACCAUUACGAUAGUCGAGUGCGAGACGCCGCCCACAGUUUGUCCAAUUAUACAAGGUCGUAA